AGAAACUAAGCUAGAGUUGAAAAAAAAAUAAUAAUAACGCAAUCAUGGUUGCUCUAUGGCGUCUUAUUUUAAUGGGAAGCUAGGAUCUUUGCUUACAAAAGGAUGAUUCUAUUUAUUCAAGUUAAUUACCCUUCAUAUGGAGUAGUAAUGUACUUUAUCAAUGUUUUAACCCACCAAACUAGAGGAUGUUCCACUAAUUAGCUAGUGUUUUAGUCUAAUAUCCUUACAGCAGAUGCACAUCUGAGCUCUUCUUUUCUUUCUUUUUCUUUGUUCUUAUUUAACCAAAAGUUGAGAAUUUCCUGUCAGGAUAGAAAAUUGUGUGUCAUAUGUCUCAUAUCUAGAGAGCUAUUUUAACGUCAUUUUUCACUUAAGGACCUAGUGGCAGGCUGUUAUACGAGCUAACUUAGCAGUGUCUACAUGCCAAGCUGUCAGCAUUAUUUGAUAUGCUUGGAAUCAUAAGGCUUCAGAAUUUGCUAUGUUCAGAUAUAUUGAGCAUUUUAUUGUAAGUGAUAGGGCCUGUAGUCCUUGAACUAAGGCCUAAUGUUAAUUUGGUUUUUUAAGUAUCGACAAAGGUAGGCCUCUCCCAUGUUACGUUUUGUUUGUGAUAAUAAGAGAUGACAUUUUGUGUUUCCAGAGUUCGUUUUUUAUCCUAGUGAUUCAGGCAAAGUAAGCUCUAGGAUAGGUAUCUUAUUGAAAAAUUCCAAAAUGAAGGAUGCUUGCUCAAGUUGAUUGCAGUGGUAGGGACUGUUGUUCUUGAACUAACAGUGUCUUAAUUUAAUUCACCUGGAAGGCAAAAGCAUGUGAUACUUAAGUGACAUUGUCUUCCUCUGGUGCCCACAAAUUUAUUUUCAACACAUUUCAGGAUUCUAUGAGUUGUCAUUGCCUAUUUAAACACAUUCAAAGAGGUAUAUACCACCACAACUCUCAGCAAAACUUGAUAGUAUUCGAAGCUUUCUUUGCUCUUGAGGUCUUUGAUACAUAUUCUUUCUUUGUUUUCUCAUCUAUAUUAAAACUAAAAGAUCAUGGCUAUCCGUAUGCCUCGAAUAAUCAAGAAGUCUUCAGAUAUUCCCAAGGGUCACUUUGUUGUGUAUGUUGGAGAGAAACAGAAGAAGAGAUUUGUGAUUCCGAUAUCAUUCUUGAGUGAACCUUUAUUUCAAGAUUUGCUUAAUCAAGCUGAGGAGGAAUUCGGCUUUGAUCAUCCAAUGGGUGGUGUCACAAUUCCCUGCACUGAGGAUUUGUUUGUCAAUCUUACAUCUCGCUUGAGGAAGUGAGAUGAAAACCAAUCCCCAUUCUUUUGCUUACACAAUUUUGUAACUACGUAAAGCAGGAUUUUCAGUGUACAGUUCAGGAGUUAGAAGAAAUAGUAACUUGACGUUAGAAUUAGGGGAGUCUAACUAGUUAGACUAAUGAAUUUAGCUCCAUAAAAGAAUGUAGAUGUAAUACUGUCUCUUGAUUAAGUUGACACUUUUCUACUUCAAAAGAAAUUAAAGCAAUUAUAUUUUUUUUA